AGGAGGAGAGAGAGAGAGAGAGAGAGAGAGAGAGAGAGAGAGAGAGAGAGAGCAGGAAGGAAUGCAAGAGGAACACAGCGUCAUUCAUGAGAGGAGGAACGAACAGAGAAACAGCAGGAGGUGAAGAUCAGAGACGAGCAGCUUCACUUCAUGCGACUGAAAGAAGAGAAGAGAAAAGAAAGGAACGCACAGAUAGUUUAUUACUGAGAGAGAGGUGUUAAAGUGCUGGGGACAACGCUGAACAAGACUGACCAUCACCUCCACCAGCAGACAAUAUCUCUGACCACUGCCUGUGGAUGGUAACUCCAACCCCCACCUGAGGACGAUAUCUCUGACCACUGCCUGUGGAUGGUAACUCCAACCCCCACCUGAGGACGAUAUCUCUGACCACUGCCUGUGGAUGGUAACUCCAACCCCCACCUGAAGACGAUAUCUCUGACCCCUACCUGCAGACGGUAACUCCGACCCCCACCUGAAGACGAUAUCUCUGAUCCCUACCUGCAGACGGUAACUCUGACCCCCACCUGUGAAUGGUAUCUCUGACCUCCACCUACGGAUGGUAACUCUGAACCCCACCUGUGAGCGGUAUCUCUGACCUCCACCUACAGACGGUAACUCUGACCCCACCUGGGAACGGUAUCUCUGACCCCUACCUGCAGACAGUAACUCUGACCCCCACCUGUGAACAGUAUCUCUGACCUCCAUCUGUGGACGAUAUCUCUGACCUGCACCUGCAGACGGUAACUCUGGUUGUGUUCAUCAGGUAUUUAUCAGCUGUUCAUGUUUGUCAGAUGUGCAUCAGGUCUCAUUAUCACCUAACCAUGCUUCCACACAACUGCUCAUCUCCUGGAAAUACAUACAUCCUCCCUGACCCAUCAUGGUGCCCCGAGUCUAGAGAGUGCAUCAUGUGGAACGUGAGCUUGGAAGAUCUUCCGGACCUUUGCUUGAGUCGCAACGAGUACCUGCUGAAGCACCUGGGUCACCGCCGCUCACUGCUUUUCAUGCCUAUGUGCAUUGUCUAUUUGCUGAUCUUCGUGGUUGGGGUGGUCGGCAACGGGCUUACUUGCGUGGUCAUCGCUCGACAUCGGGUCAUGCGGACCCCCACUAACUUUUAUCUGUUCAGCCUGGCUAUGUCCGACCUGCUUGUCCUUGUUCUGGGACUUCCUCUGGAACUCUAUGAGCUUUGGUCCAAUUAUCCAUUCCUGCUGGGAACUGGUGGUUGCUAUUUCAAGACAUGCCUCUUUGAGACCGUAUGCCUGGCUUCGGUGCUAAAUGUCACAUGCCUGAGUGCUGAACGUUAUGUGGCUGUAAUUUACCCACUACGUGCCAAGCAUGUGGUUACAAGGGCCCAUGCUAAAAGGGUGAUCCUGGCCCUGUGGUUGGCAUCUUUCAUCUGCGCCCUGCCCAACACCAGCCUGCAUGGAAUCCUGUUGCUUCCACCUCGCUUUGGACAAACUUUUCCAGAUUCAGCCGUGUGUGGCCUGGUACGACCUGCCUGGAUCUACAACCUGUUGGUUCAGGUGACGGCGCUGCUCUUCUUUGUGCUCCCAAUGCUGACCAUCAGCCUGCUCUACCUGUUGAUCGGCCUGCAACUGAGGCGCGAGAGGCUGACAGUUAACAUCAAGGCUUGGCCUGAGCAGAACAAGAUUUAUAUAGCACAGAGCGUCCAGCAGAGGGCACGACACCGGCAGGUCACCAAAAUGCUAGUUGUGUUGGUGAUUGUGUUCGGGAUUUGCUGGGCGCCGUUCCAUAUAGAUCGCGUCAUGUGGAGCUACAUUGACAACUGGACUGAAGAGCACCACCGCAUCUUUGAGUUUGUCCACUUGGCCUCCGGCAUCUUCUUCUACCUGAGCUCGGUGGUCAACCCCAUCCUCUACAACCUCAUGUCCUCGCGUUUCAGAGAGAUGUUCCGUGAGGUUGCGUGCCGAGGGACUCAACAACACUCGAGUGUCACUCAGGUGACCCAGCGCAGCGCAGUCUACGAGAAAACUGCCCAUGGGACCAGACUCUCUCAAGACAUUUCAACAUGCAUGUAAGGACAGAGCUCGAUGGGGACAGGAGCGCCGUGACCUCCUGAAUGGACCCGAACAUGAACCGUUCACAUGGCACUCACAGCAAAUUAUUUCUUCAAAUGAGAAAUUAAGAAAUGUCACAAAUCAGUUAAAUUAAGAAAUAUUUAUCAAGGAAGAGUUGCAUUUUUCUCUGAUUCUGUUGUACAAAUCUUAUACAUCUAUCAAUAAUACCAAACAUGUAUGGUGAUAUGAGAUGUAGGGCCUUAGCUGAACUAAAAAGAGACUUAGCAUUGUGAAAAAAAAAGUAAAAAUAAUGUACAACCACAUAUCCAAAAAGUUGGGAUGUUGUGUAAAAUGUG